UCAUUGAUUUUUUCAUUCUUGUCAAGAAUAUAAAAACAGUUAAAAGAGUCGUAAAGAAAUACAAAAUUCAUUUAACAUAUUGUAAAAUUUUCCGUCGUCUAGAAAAUUUUCUGUAAAUCUUAAAACCUCCAUAAACAAGAAUCCUUCAAUCUAAAAGGAAAAAAUGGCGUGUAUUCCUUGCGUCGUGAUACCAAUAUUACUCCUCAUCUUCAGAUUUCUUAUUCAGCCGAUUCUAUUAAAAUUCUGGUAUCGCAAAAAGGAAGGUGAAGAAGGAGAGAAAAAGGAACCACCAACUUUAGUCAAAGAAUGUAAAAAUGGAGUCUGCAAAAUGGUAUGGAAGGAUGGCGACGACGUUAUGAAAGUCGAUUAAAAACAGCAAUUUCUACGAUUUUCCAAUUAUUCGACAGCAUUUAAUGAACACUUUAAUUUCAAUUUUUAACUUUCCAUUCAGAAACUCGAUUUUUCCUUAAUUGUAAAUACAAAAAAAAAUUAUAUAAAAGUCCAGCCUCAAUUAUUAUGAAUUUGAAUAAAUGGUGCGUAAAAUAUGUACCUGUAAUGUUUGAAUUCGAAAUUUUUAAACUAAUUUUGAGUUAUUUGUAUUCUAGGGUAAUUCAUUAUGUUAGAAUUUAUUUAUCUUCAGAUAUUUAUCGCAAUUGUAACUUUUUUGAGUCUACUCAAACCAUGGAAAAUUUUUUUUUUAUAAUUCCAGGAUUUCCGGG